AUGGCCAUUUCUCGACUCUACUCUGAUGGCAAAUAUUCACGGCGCCGCUGGAUUGUCGGCAUUCUUGCUUUUCUGACCUUCGCGGUCCUUGUAAUCUCAUUUACUCACUAUCGACGGAAUUACUAUGGCGAAAUGAGCUUUCCCACAUCACACAUUGAGACGGAAUUCACAAAGGAUCUUCGCGUCAAAGAGUUCAUCAAGCCGGAAGGUGUCAAGGUAGUCGGACUGGUCUUUUUCGGUAGAAAGAACAGAGUUGAGAUCUUGCGAUGCUUUUUGGAGCGCAACCUGGUUGAUAAUGGCGGCUGGCUGGACGAAAUCCACUGGGUCAAGAACACCGAUAAGCAGGAUGACUUGGCAUAUUUGGAUGAGAUCCUCGCAUCCUCUCCCCGCUACAAGAAAAUUGAGCUGGAGGGCGUUGGUUUCGUCGGCUACGGCUAUGCAUGGUCCCAUCUUGAACCCGGCCAUCUGUAUAUCAAAAUCGACGACGACGUGGUCUGGCUCGCUGACGACACGAUCCCGCGCAUCGUGACCAUGAAGAUCGCCCACCCCGAAUAUCUCCUGGUCAGCGCAAACGUCAUCAAUUCGCCCCUGAUGGGCUGGGUGCAUUAUCAUAUGGGGGCCAUGCACCCUUACCUGCCCGAAUUCGACGUCUAUGAUCCUCCACUGCUGGAUGCCGUUAGAUCUACUGAUCGUAAACCGUGGCAUUACUCCAAGUACCCCUACUGGAACGGUCCGGACGACUAUUUCUUUGACAUCCAUCAGGAUCCGCCCUACAACGGACAUCGAUGGCUAAGACUGCAGAACGACACGGCGAUCCACCGCACUCCCGUCAGUGAGAUCGAGUACAAGACAUGGGGGACCGGUCUAAAAUCAUGGGCGAUUGCAGCGCAGGAACAUUAUUCGUUCCUGGAAAACCUAGCCAACGACCAGCUAGAUCGAUACAAAAUGGGCAAGGCCUGGCUGACAGAUUAUAAACGCCUUAGCAUCAAUUUCAUCGCAGUGUGGGCAGAUGAUGUUCUUAACAACCUUCCAAUGGACACUGUGGACGAGGAGUGGCUGACCAUCAACCUGCCUAAGAAGCUGGGUCGCAGUGUCGCAGUUGAGACCGACGCCCUCGCCGUCCAUUUCACCUUCGGCACCCAAGGCAAGGUCGGGCAGACCGACUUGUUACCGCGGUAUCACGAUUAUGCCCUUGAAAAUGCCUGCGCCAGACGAGUAUGA